AUGGAUUUAGAUAGCUCCGACGAAGAAAUAUAUUUGUUAGCAAGAUUACUUGAAAUAGAACAUAGGAAACGUAAGCGCAAGCGGAAACAAAUAUGGGUAAAACAUAUUUGGAAAAACAGACUAAUCCAUGGGGAGUUUCACACCAUUUUCGAGGAAUUGAAGAGAGAUAGCCUAAAAUUUUAUGAGUAUUAUCGUAUGGAAUAUUGGCAAUUUUUGAAAUUGACAGAUUUGUUAAGAGUACAUAUAACAAAAAAGACUACAAAUUAUCGUUGCACCAUUACAGCCGAAGAAAGGUUAACGGUAACUUUAAGAUUCCUCAUCACUGGUUGCAGUUUCAAAAAACUUGUCAUUUAA